AUGAAUCAUCCUCCAACCCCGGUAUCACAUUCCUCUCUCACACAGAACAGAAUCACUAACCUUCAUAUUUGUAGCCUUAACUGUCGUAGCCUCUCUAAACCACCUUCCCUCGAUCUCAGCCGCUCCUUCUCCCGCUUACUCAUCUCCUCGGACAUGGACAUCCUCUGUCUUCAGGAAGCCCAUUCAGCUGAUCCUGAGGUGCAGGAUCGCUUGGAUAUUCAACUGCAGGCCAAGACAUCCAUUUGGACUCACCACUGUGGUGUUGUAAGCCUCAAUCCAGCUAUCCAACUUGAAGACGCCUAUGUUUCCACCGAUGGCCGGUUGAUCAUUUGCACUGUCUCCCAUGUUAAUCACCUCUUCCAUCCCUUCCGUCUCAUGAACAUCUAUGCCCCUGCCACUCCCUAUGACCGCUACGACUUCUAUGCUAAUCUCCUUCAACUACCGUAUUUUCACUCGUUACUGACAAACUUCUCAUCUCAUUCUUUCACCUUCCCUCCUGAGGCUCCCACAAUGAUAGUGGUUGAUUUCAACUACAAUUUUCGCCGUUUCCCCUCCUCCACCAUCCAUAAUAAUCUCCAAAAUCCUGAUUUCAUUUCUAACCUACACCUCAAUUACCCACAUUCAUCUGACACAACCUCCACUAACCCAGAGGAUCCCUCUAUCACACCCACUCUUGACACCAACGAUCUUUCUAAUAUGUCACCAUCUACACGAGCUCAAUGGUUUUGGCAUGCCAUACUACAACAUCAUUAUCACGAGUGCUCCCACCGUUUACAAUCUGAUCCACCUAUACCUACCUUUACCGAUGGCGGUCAUCUGUCUACCAUCGACUACAUGUACGUAGCUCCUCUCCUUACCGACUUUCUACAAGCAUCCAACGUCGAGUUCAUUGGCCCUUAA